ACGUGCAACCUUGUGACGCGCGCCAUACACGCGCGCGCGUUUCCGCGGAGCUACAGCGCCUCCAAGCGGCCGGCAGCGGGCACCGGGGGUGCGUCGUGCGCGUUCAGAAGACGGAAAAGUUUAGAAAAAGAGAAGGAGGGGAUUAAAGGCUGUUGCUGGGGCUGGACCCGACAGGAGAGCAAGCGGACGGCUCUUCUGAGUGAAGGGAACGCAGUGCAUCAAAAGCCUUUUAUUGCCCCUCUUUUUUCGCAUCCUUCGCCAUUUUUUCCCCCAUCCUUCUUUCUUCUUCAUGAGAUGAGAUAACCAGCGAGCGUUGGAAAGUUCUGGCAAAAAAAGAGAGAAGAUGUCGGUGUUACAGAAAAUUGGGCUCUGUCUUCUCCUGGGAGCCCUGGCUCAUGGCCAAGCGUCAGAGUGCAGUAAGAAAAACGAAUGUCCCAUCGACGUGUACUUCACCAUUGACACAUCCGAGACCAUCGCUCUUCAGGAACCCCCUCCUGGAUCCCUCGUGGAGAGCAUCAAGAAAUUCACGGAACAGUUUGUACAGCGUUUGGACGACGCUGAAAUCCGAGGUUCCGUGAACAUCAACUGGAACAUUGGUGGACUUCACUUCUCUAUGAGGCAGCAGGUCUUCAGUGCCAUCGGACCCAAAAAUGACUUCAUUACUCGUUUAAGAGGAAUCAGGUACCUGGGUAAGGGCACCUUCAUUGACUGUGCCCUGGCCAACAUGACCCAGGAAAUGUUGCGUUCCCCCACCUCCCCCAAGGCCCUGCGAUUCGCAGUGGUCAUCACUGACGGUCACGUGACUGGAAACCCGUGUGGUGGCAUCAAGGUGGCAGCAGAGAGAGCUCGAGAUGAGGGAAUCAAGAUAUUUGCUGUGGCUGCAUCUAAUAAUAUAGAAGAGACCGGUCUGAGGGAGAUUGCUAAUUCUCCUGCCAUGGUCUUCAGGAGGGACUUCAUGGCUGUAGAUCUUAGCCAGGGCAAAGCCAUCAUACAGACGGACACCAUCGACCGCAUCGUUAACACGAUGAAACAUAUAGCGUAUGUGGAGUGCUAUAAGGUUUCCUGUCUUGAAACACCCGGGCCUCCUGGUCCAAAAGGCCACAGAGGACAAAAGGGUGCUAAAGGAGACAAUGGUGAACCAGGAACAAAAGGAGAAAGAGGUCGUCCAGGGGAUCCAGGUAUUGAGGGUCCCAUCGGUCAGCCCGGUAUCAAAGGAGAAAAAGGUGUAUUAGGUGAUAAGGGAGAAUUUGGAGCUCAAGGGAAAAAGGGAGUUGGUGGAAUUCCAGGACGCGACGGAACAGAUGGACAAAAGGGUAAAAUUGGGCGAAUUGGUGCUCCCGGCUGUAAAGGAGACCCUGGAGACAAGGGUCCCGAUGGUCACCCCGGAGAUGUUGGUGAACGUGGCCCUGCCGGAACUGAUGGCGAGAAGGGAGACUUUGGACGUCCGGGGCGACCUGGUCCCCCUGGAACCGAAGGAGAGCCUGGACCAAAGGGGGAGAGGGGAAGUUCUGGAUCACCUGGUGACCCUGGACUAAAAGGAAACCCAGGAAAUCCUGGACGUGCAGGAACCAAAGGAGAGCUGGGAAGAAGAGGGGAGUAUGGACCAAAGGGCUCUUCUGGACCACCUGGUGCAAUUGGAGAGAAGGGUGAGAUGGGGUCAGAGGGCCUGAGAGGACUUUCAGGUGAAUCAGGAAACAAAGGAGCUAAGGGCGACAAUGGUCUUCCAGGCCCCAGAGGAGCACCAGGAGGACCCGGAGAAUCUGGAAAAGUUGGUUCCAGAGGUGACCCUGGUGAUGCUGGACCAAGAGGUGAACCUGGACAAGCUGGACCAAAGGGAGAUGCAGGAAGACCGGGCUUUAACUAUCCUGGACCAAGAGGAUUAACAGUAACUCCGGAAAAAUACUGUAAUCAAACGCGUGGCAGUAGAGGAGACUGUGGUCACAAAGGAGAGCCUGGAGGUAAAGGAACCCCAGGAGAACCUGGAGAGCCAGGACCUCAUGGGGAACCUGGCCUCAGAGGUACAAGAGGAGAGUUGGGCCGUGACGGAGAUCCUGGACCUGAGGGAGAUCCUGGCCUGACUGAAUGUGAUGUCAUGAACUACAUCAGGGAGACUUGCGGUUGCUGCGACUGCGAGAAACGCUGCGGAGCCUUGGACAUUGUGUUCGUGAUUGACAGUUCCGAGUCCGUGGGAUUGACCAAUUUCACCCUGGAGAAGAACUUUGUCAUUAAUACCAUCAACAGACUGGGCUCCUUCUCCAAAGAUCCGGAGUCAGAGUCAGGUACCAGAGUAGGGGUUGUCCAGUACAGUCACAACGGAACCUUCCAGGCCAUCAGACUCAAUGAUCCUAAGAUUGACUCAUUGACCGCUUUCAAGGAUGCGGUGAAGCGUUUGGAGUGGAUCGCCGGAGGAACGUGGACUCCCUCAGCCCUGAAAUAUGCCUACGAUCACCUGAUCAGGGACAGCCGCAGAGCAAAGGCCAAUGUCACCGUUGUCGUCAUCACCGACGGACGCUUUGACCCCAGAGACGAUGACUCGCUUCUCACCUACCUCUGCAGUGAUCCGAGUGUCGACGUGAGUGCCAUCGGUAUCGGAGACAUGUUCGACCAGAUCGAGGAGAACGAGAGUCUGAAGAGCAUCGCCUGUCAAAGGGACGGCAGGGUCCUGGGAAUGAGGCGCUUUGCCGACCUAGUGGCUGAGGAAUUUAUCGACAAGAUCGAGACUGUGCUCUGCCCUGAGCCUGUCAUUAUUUGCCCCGAUCUGCCUUGUAAAUCAGAGCCGGCCGUGGCCAGCUGUGUGCAGAGGCCGGUGGACGUGGUGUUCAUGUUGGAUGGUUCCGAAAGGAUGGGACUGGAGAACCACCGGCGGGCCAAGGAAUUCAUUGAGAACGUGGCCCGUCGCCUUACGCUGGCCAACGGCCCGACGGAUGAGAGGAACGCCCGCCUGGCUUUGGUGCAGUACGGCAGUCCCACGGAGCAGAGAGUGGAGUUCCCGCUCACGCACAAUCUCACGGUGAUCUCUGAUACGCUGGCAAACGUUAACUACAUGGACUCUUCGUCCGCCCUGGGCAGCGCCAUCAUCCAUGCUGUCAACAAUGUGGUGAUUUUACAGCGGGGAGAACGCAAGGCGCGCCGCAACGCGGAGGUCGCCUUUGUGUUCAUCACCGAUGGCAUCACCUCAACUGAGCAGCUGGAGGAGGGCGUGACCGCCAUGAGGCGAGCAGAAGGCGUUCCGACAGUGAUUGCCAUGGGAACAGACACAGACGAGGAGGUGCUGCGAAAGGUGUCACUAGGAGACAUGUCAGCCAUCUUCAGAGGGGACGACUACAACAUCCUGAACAAACCCUCUUUCUUUGAGCGCUUCGUCCGCUGGAUAUGCUAGUGACAAAACUGUAACUCUCCGUGACACAAAAAUGUAAAUGAAAAUCCCUAGACAGAAAAGUACAGCUUUCAGCGUGAAAAAAAACAAAACAAAACACAGAGGUUCCACAGGAAAUGUCUGAAUUGUUAUCAGGAUAUGUAUAAAGAAAGAAUCAGAGGCUCAGAAAAGGUUACUUACUUCUGAAAAAAUAAAAAUAAAAAUUACACAUUAGUAGAAAAUUAUCGAUGUAGUUGUAGGUCGCCGAAAAAAUAAAAGACAUACAUUUAGGAGGAUCUAUUAGUUAAUUGUUAUUUUGUUCUUAAUCCAUGGACAGUAACAAAGAACAAAGGCUGUUUAUAAGAAAUGGAUGUGGCCAUAUGGUGAAUGUGCAGGAUUACGCUAAGUAAGUAGUCAGUAUGCAUUUUUUUUUUCAAAAAAUUAUGUUUUUUUUCACGGUCAUCUACAGUCAGAGUUUGCUCUGAGAGAAUUUAGAGGAAAAUAGACCAUAAAGCAGACCUGGGCAAAUGUUUUGACAGGGCGGCCUUCUUUUUUAAAAUAUAAUGUUGUACAAUAAAGAUCAGAUUUAAGAUGAAAUGAUUAAAACCAUUCAGGAAAAUCAUAACUAUUCAGGAAAAUGAUUACUUAUGUUUUUUU